CAAAUCAAAGCAACAGCACGCAUACUGCAAAGGUGCCAAGCUAUUUCACUGAAUGACCAGUUCAGUAUUUAGUAAAUGGCCAACUGAGAGUUAAUAUUUUAAGAAAAAUGACCAAAUUCAUCGAUGUCAUUCGAAAAUACAAGUGUUUGUAUGCGGCAAACGAUCCUGCCACACCGGAAGAAGUGCAAAAAUGCUGGAAGCUAGCCGCGAGGGAGCUGAAGUACCGCGUGGAGCGCUGCCAACAGAUGUUUGAGGCAAGAAUAGCGGAAUACAAAAAACAUUUAGAAGGAAAAGAGACCAACCUGCCAAUGGAGCUGCUAAACGAGAUGGAAUUUAUGCGCGAAGAGUUGAAAGACGGUCUGGAAGCGGAUGACUCCGUGGUGAGUCUGAAGAUGGAGUCGCAAUCCACAGGUGACUGUGAUCCGCAACAGCCUGCACAAAGCAUCAUGGCACCAGGACCAUCUCGAACAAGACGGAACGCCGUGGACGAAUCCUGCAAGGCUGAAAUUUUGCAAAACAUCCAGCAAGAGGCGUCAGUGCCAUAUCAAUGCCAGCCACCAGCGACUGGCAUCCUACCAGAAUCUGAAAAGUUUUUUUUACGCUACGUUCGUACGGUGCUGCGAAAACUUCCACUACAGACGCGUUGUGAUGUACAAGGAUAUAUUCACCGGUACCUUAUGGAGAUCGAAGCGAAAAACUUGCUACAGUAAAAGCAGCAAUAAUGAUUUAGAUUUUUAAGGGUUAAGCGAAUUAUUACCGGCACUAAUCGGUAUUUUAAUUGUAAAGCAAAAACAUGUCACUUCUUAAU